AUGGCUCUAUUAAAAACAUUAGUUUCACGAUAUAUUUUACCAACUACGUACCGGGCGACAGCAAUAAGGUAUUCAUCCACUGACCCAAAAUUGGCCGAAUCAGAUGACUCCCCUGUUGAAAUGGAGAACCCAUAUAAAAAAGAAGUUCGCCAAUGUAUUUUGUGCAAGCUCAACAUAACACCAGAUUAUAAGAACCACAGAUUAUUGUCCCAAUUCCAAAGUCCAUACACCGGUCGCAUUUACGGAAGACAUAUUACUGGUUUAUGCAAAGCCAAACAAGAUUUAGUAGAAAGUGAGAUCAGAAAAGCUCAGAAUUGUGCUUACAUGCCUUACUAUUACAAGGAUAAAAGUUUUUUGAAGGACCCUAAGCUGUUUGAUCCAGAAAAUCCUAUUAGGUCUCAUAGAUUUUAA